CAAAACUUAUGCUUAGAAAAUAUUUUACAUGGAUUUACACGACCAUGUAUUCUGGACCUCAAGAUGGGCUCUUUAUUGUACGAUCAUGAUGCAACAGAAGAAAAAAGAAAUCGAAUGAUACAUCAUUCUCAAACAACCACCUCAGGCACUCUGGGUUUAAGAAUAAGUGGCAUGAAAGUAUAUGAUUCAAUUGAACGAAAAUACGCAACAUAUGAAAAGGCAUAUGGCAAA